AUUCAUUGCAUUAGUCAGUGCAGCCUGAACGUGUUUUCUUUGAGAGGAACGCCCUGCCACACCCAACGGGACGGGACGGCCAUGAAGUUGACUCACCAGAGCUUGUGUAAUUGGAUACCACCGAACGAACCGUCGCCUUCUCUCCCGUGCUCAGGCGUGCUGGUCCCUGAAAUAUCCCCGAGCUAAACACGCACAUUGGAACGACCUCGAACUACAAUACCUCAUUUUGGUUGAAACUUUCUUUCCAGUCCGGAGACCUAAAAACAGAGGAGCUAAUACGUUUUUGUCAACAUGAAGUUUUGUCUAUUAUCCGCUGUACUCCUCCUGGUGACCGGUGCAUUGACGCAGGAGCACGGAUUUGACCUGUUUGAUGCCCUUGAUGACAUAGAGCCAACGCCACCAAAACCGAAAGAGCAACCAGGAGCCCCAGCGAAUCCUAAUCUUGAUGAUGGACUGGACCUUUUUGAUGCCUUAGUACAAUAUGAACCAGAACCAGAGAAACCGAAGAAGCCUAAACCUAACCCUGGAGAUUCUGAUGAACCAGAACCAGAGAAACCGAAGAAGCCUAAACCUAACCCUGGAGAUUCUGAUGAACCAGAACCAGAGAAACCGAAGAAGCCUAAACCUAACCCUGGAGAUUCUGGCGGCUUUGGAUUUGACCUAGAAGAUGCUUUAAAACCAGACCCAAAUGCCAAACCGGACAAACCUGCAGUCAAUCCACCAAAGCAUGGUGGAGGUGGUGGUAACUUUGGUGAUAAAGACUUGUUUGACGUAAGUGAUGGAGACUAUAAACCUGAGGGAGGUGGAGGCCGUUCAGGAGAUCCUGGCUAUAACUCUGGAGGUGGUGCGGAUCAGCCUGAAGAAGCUGGUUCUGGAACGAUCGCAGGAAUCGUCAGCGCAAUUGGGGUGGCUCUGUUAGGGGCAGGAUCCAGUUACUUUGCUUACCAGAAGAAAAAACUGUGUUUCAAGAUACAGGGAGGUGCUGACCCAGAGAGUGGUAAAGGCCGACAUCCUGCACAGUCUGAUCCUCAAGUUUUCAGCAACUUGCUCAGGACAUCCUAGACAGGCCUUCGCAAGAGACAUGCCUCCUUGAUGGAACUUCUUUGUACCAAAGUACUGUAUGUGACUUCUCGGAAAUGUCUGCAGCCUGCAGCCUGCAGUCUUGUUUUUUUGUUUGUUUUUUUGUUUUUAAAUCAAGGCAGAAUACAUUUUAGCAGCUUGAUCAGUCAUUGUAUAUUUGUCGUUUGUAUUUGGUUACACUUCUGUAUUGACACCUCUUGCUGGCUGUCAUUUUAGAAGGAAGACCAUUUUAUACUGUAGGUUUUGUGAUAUUCUGAAUGUCAUGUGUCAUAACAUCUUUUUGUUAUAUGAAGUUGUUUGUUUAUCAAUAACAGGUGUAAGUAUUACAAGAAAAAGCUUUUAUUUUAUUUCAAAGGCUAAUGAUGGGUAUAAUCCAGGUAACUCGCGUAUGACAACUUCUGUGGUUACAUUGGUGCCUUGAUUUAGGAGUGCACUGACCUACGAGUUUUCUAAAUCGUGGGUCGUUGCUUGGCCGGUUUUUUUAUGAGCGAAAAUUCGAGGUACGAGGCUACUUCAGAUACCCUGCUACUCGAUGGCAGCGGAGGACGCCGCAACAUGCGCUCAGGCGUCCUGCGUUUUGCUCACAUUCUCAGAUCAGUUGAGUUACAAGCUCCGUCACAUAAAUGAACCCUUAAAUCAAGGUACCACUGUAUUUUGAUGCAGAAUGUAAUGUGUUCGCACGUUUUAAAUGAAAAGUGGAGGGAGAGCUUUAACAUUAAAGUUGCGUGUUGAAUAAUUUUAAGAUUCAGAUAGACAGCACACUGAUUAAAACAAAAAAUAUAGUUUUUUUUUAUGUCACAUAAAAAUGAUUUACCCGCUCCAAAUAAUAAUUUGCUGUGCAAAAGCUAAAAUGACAUUUUGGAGAGAAGACUCAAAUCAGAAAUGCAAAUACUCGAUUAAACUCAAGAGCAAAUUUUUGAAAACGUAUGCAAAAUUGAAAGCAGCGUUGUUAUCCAUUUUCAGGUCUCACAUUUGUAUUAUAUAGGCAAACAACAGUCAUCGUGUGUUUGUCAUACGUUUUUAUGUUUGUAAUCGCUAUAAAUCACUUUAAGUACAGGGCAUCUGGAAAGUAUUCAGUGUGUCACCCUUUACACAUUUUAUAUUAGUGAUUUUUUGUAGUUUUAUAUUCUUAAUACAUUUGCAAACAUCUAAAGAAAAAGUCAUUAGCGAGUGUUGUAUGUAAAAUAUUGAGGAAUGAAUGAAUUCUAUUUUAGAAUAAUGCUGUGUAACAUAGUAAAAUGUGGUCAAAAAAAAAAAAAAAA